AUUAGAGUCUGGGGGGAAACGCAGGCACACACAAAAAACGCAUUCGCCAUCUGCAUGUUUCCUCAACGUCCAACGAAGCAGCUCGAAGAAGAAGAAGGUCGGAUCGCGUCAAUUGUCAUCUUCAUUCGGAAAAGCUCAGGAUCAAGGAGUUGGAGAUUAGCGUUAAUUUCUGGGCUCAAUUUUAAUCGAUCGGUUUGGGAUCAAUACAGGAAGAAAUACGAAUGAGCGGGGUGGGAGAGGAAGAAGAGCUCACGUUGGAGUAUUCGCCGACUUGGGUGGUUGCUGCCGUCUGCUCCGUCAUCGUCUCCAUCUCCCUUGCCGUUGAACGCCUCUUCCACUUUACUGGAGCGUAUCUGAAGAAGAAGAAUCAAAAGCCUCUCUAUGAAGCUCUCCAGAUAGUUGAAGAAGAAUUGAUGCUGUUGGGGUUCAUAUCAUUGCUACUUACGGUGUUUCAAGCUCGUAUAAACAAGAUGUGUGUGCCUCCCAACACAAUGCACCACAUGCUCCCAUGCCCCCUAGCUCAGGAAGAAGCCUUUUUGGCUGCUGAAUUGGCUCCUGUUUCUUCUGCCAAAGAGUUCAACAGUUGGGAAAAGCCUGUAGAGCGAGUGCUAGGCGCUGGUUAUUGUGCUGCCAAGCAUAAAGUACCAUUACUAUCUUUGGAAGCAUUGCAUCACCUGCACAUCUUCAUCUUCAUUUUGGCCAUCGUCCACGUCACGUUUACCCUUCUCACCAUUAUAAUUGGAGGUGCAAAGAUACGCCAAUGGAAGCACUGGGAGGAUGGAAUUGCAGAAGCUAACUUUGAGACCGAACCAGAUCUGCAACCAGGAUUCACAGAUGUCCGCCAACAUGAUUUCAUCAGGACACGAUUUGUGGGCGUGGGUAAACGCUCAACCAUCUGGGGCUGGUUGCACUCUUUCGCUAAGCACUUUUAUGGUUCUGUCGCCAAAUCAGAUUAUAUUGCACUUCGUACAGGGUUCAUUAUGACACAUUGCAGGGGGAACCCGAAGUUCAAUUUUCACAAGUACAUGAUGCGUGCAUUGGAAGAUGAUUUCAAGAAAGUUGUGGGCAUUAGCUGGUACUUGUGGUUAUUUGUCAUUUUGUUCUUGUUGCUGAAUAUCAACGGGUGGCAUACAUAUUUUUGGAUAGCAUUCAUUCCUUUUGCACUCCUACUUGCUGUAGGUACAAAGUUGCAGCAUGUAAUAAUACAAUUAGCUCAUGAGGUAGCAGAGAAGCAUGCAGCCAUAGAGGGUGAUUUGGUUGUGCAGCCUUCUGAUGAGCACUUCUGGUUUCACCGCCCCCGUAUCGUUCUCCAUUUCAUUCACUUCAUUCUCUUCCAGAAUGCUUUUGAGUUCGCCUUCUUCUUUUGGAUAUGGCUGCAAUAUGGAUUUGGUUCCUGCAUAAUGGGGCAAGUCCAGUACAUUGUUCCGAGGCUUGUCAUAGGAGUUAUCAUUCAAGUGCUUUGCAGUUACAGCACUUUGCCACUUUAUGCCAUUGUCACCCAGAUGGGAACCCACUUCAAGAAGUCGAUAUUCGACGAGCACGUUCGGGCCAGCCUGGUUGGAUGGGCUUUGAAGGCAAAACGAAGGAAGGAGCUGAAAGCUACAGUAGCAGCAACAGCCUCCAAGGAGGAGAAGGAGGCUGCGAAGGAUGGUUCAUCGGGCGUGCAAAUGGGAGAGAUUCAUGCAGCAGAAGAGGGACAGUCACCAAGAACUGGUCACCAUGAUGAUUUAUAGCCAUGUUGCAUUGGAUUCUUCAAACAAGUGCUGCUUUCUGUCUCUGAAAUGUAUCCCUUCGCGUACUUGGGGACACCCU